GGCACUUAGGGAACCGCGUUCCAAGAUUCAAGCAUUCCUUUUUCCAAGUCUUUGAUUUCUCCACUUGAGUUGGGAAAACAGAGAAGAGAAUGGCGAAGUUUUUAUCCACACCUCGUCUCACCUCCAUUCACUUCCGCACUGUCACUUCCACUCUCUCCAAACCCCCUUCUUCUUCUUCUUCUUAUCCAAUUCACACUCUUUCCCCAAUCUCUCUUCAUUCCAAUUCCUUUUUCUUUCCCCUCUACACUACUCCUAAUCCCUGCAAAAAUAUUCAUCGCAAUUUCUCUGUUUCAGCUUUCGACACAAAAAACGAGGACGUAUCAUCAUCAUCAUCAUCAUCAUCUUCCAAAGAUGAGGCUGGUCCUGAAAUCAACGGUGAUGAUGUUGCGAAGAGUUCUACAAAGGAGGAUCAGUAUCCGAGUGGAGAAUUUGAAUUUCAGGAGUAUGGUGCUUGGAAGAGCUUAGUAGUGAAGUUUAGAAUGCUCUUUGCUUUUCCUUGGGAACGUGUCCGCAAAGGCAGUGUUCUCACUAUGAAAUUGCGCGGCCAGAUAUCUGAUCAGUUACAGAGCCGUUUCUCUUCAGGAUUAUCUCUACCUCAAAUUUGUGAGAACCUAAUGAAGGCCGCUUAUGAUCCUCGAAUCUCUGGUGUGUAUCUCCACAUUGAACCUUUAGGUUGUGGCUGGGGAAAAGUUGAAGAAAUUCGGAGGCAUAUACUGGACUUCAGGAAAUCAGGUAAAUUCAUAGUUGGCUAUGCGCCGGCUUGUGGCGAAAAGGAGUAUUACAUUGGCUGUGCUUGUCAAGAGCUUUAUGCCCCUCCAAGUGCUUACUUUGCGUUGUAUGGUUUAACAGUUCAAGCAUCAUUUUUGGGAGGUGUCUUUGAGAAAGUUGGAAUUGAGCCUCAAGUGCAAAGAAUUGGUAAAUAUAAGAGUGCUGGGGAUCAACUAAUGCGUAAAAGUAUAUCUGAUGAAAAUCGGGAGAUGAUAACUGCAUUACUUGAUAAUAUCUAUGGAAAUUGGCUCGAAAAAGUUGCUCUUACUAAAGGGAAGAAAAAAGAAGACAUUGAACAUUUCGUCAAUGAUGGAGUUUACCAGGUUGAAAAGCUAAAGGAAGAGAGCUGGAUAACAGAUAUAAAGUAUGAUGAUGAGGUAAUGUCAAUGUUGAAAGAGCGUGUGGGAAUACCAAAGGAUAAAAAGCUCCCUGAAGUUGAUUACAGGAAGUAUUCAAAAGUUAGGAGAUGGACUCUCGGUCUAACAGGUUUUAAAGACCAAAUAGCUGUGAUUCGAGCCUCUGGGGGUAUUAGUCGCACACGCGGUCCAUUUAGUUCACCUAGUUCAGGAAUUAUAGCAGAGAAGUUGAUUGAGAAAAUUCGUAGUGUACGAGAGUCGAAAAGGUAUAAAGCUGUUGUCCUUCGAAUUGAUAGUCCUGGAGGUGAUGCUCUUGCUUCUGAUUUAAUGUGGAGAGAAAUCAGACUGCUGGCAGAAUCUAAGCCUGUGAUAGCAUCUAUGGCUGAUGUGGCAGCCAGUGGAGGAUAUUAUAUGGCAAUGGCUGCACAAGCUAUUGUGGCAGAGAACCUUACAUUGACAGGCUCAAUAGGUGUGGUGACAGGAAAAUUCAACUUGGGAAAUUUAUAUGAAAGAAUCGGCUUCAAUAAGGAGACAAUAUCAAGGGGAAGAUAUGCAGAGCUUACCGCGGCUGAACAGCGACCAUUCAGUCCUGAGGAAGCAGAACUGUUUGCUAAAUCUGCACAACAUGCAUAUACCCAAUUCCGAGACAAGGCUGCCCUUUCAAGAUCAAUGAAGGUGGAUAAAAUGGAGGAGGUUGCACAAGGGAGAGUCUGGACUGGAAACGAUGCUCUUUCACGAGGUCUAGUUGAUGCUAUCGGUGGUCUCUCUCGUGCUGUGGCAAUUGCAAAACAGAAGGCCAAUAUACCUCUGGAUAGACAGGUUUCUGUUGUUGAGUUGUCAAGGCCAUCCGCGUCCUUACCAGAAGUUUUAAGCGGCAUAGGAAGCUCUUUAGCCGGAGCAGAUAGAACUUUAAAAGAGUUGCUAAAUGAAGUGGCAUCAUCUGAUGGAAUCCAAGCCCGUAUGGACGGGGUCAUGUUUGAGAAAUUAGGUGGAGCUGCUUACACCAAUCCGUUGUUUAUGUUGAUAAAAGAUUGCCUCAGUUCCUUCUAAAGUCAAAGGCUGUAUGCUGUUGCAUCAGAAGUAUCUCAUUUUAUGAUUUGCUUGAGCAAAACAUUUAUACAAGGAUCUUACAUUUUGUUGAGGAUGCGGAAUUCGGUUUGUUUUACCCGAGGACAUUGGUGUUCCGCUUCCAUUCAUAAAGUAAAAAAUCAGGUUGGUAUAUAUAAGCGCUUGCUGAUUUGAAUUCAGGCUGAGCGGUUUCUGGGUUUCGAAUUGCUUAUCAAUACUUGAAAAAAUUAUUUGAUUCAUUCAAGUUACCGUGGUUUGCAGGUUGGUAUAUAUAAGCGCUUGUUGAUUUGAAUUCAGGCUGAGCGGUUUCUGGGUUUCGAAUUGCUUAUCUCAACAAGGGUAUGGAGGUACCUCAUAAAUCGGUAUCUUGACAUUCUGUUAUAGAUAACUACUGUAACUUUGAACAAUUUCCACUUUGCACUUCCGUGUGAUUCAUCAUGUCCAAACAGACAGAUCCAUGGUGGCAACGGCCAUGUAUAAAAUACAGAUGUAUUACAAUUUAGAAGUGGAGCAUUCUCAUUA